AUGGGGGACUGGAACUUCCUUGGAGGGAUCUUGGAGGAGGUUCACAUCCACUCCACCAUGGUCGGCAAGAUCUGGCUGACCAUCCUCUUCAUCUUCCGGAUGUUGGUGCUGGGCGUCGCCGCGGAGGACGUGUGGAACGACGAGCAGUCGGACUUCAUCUGCAACACGGACCAGCCCGGCUGCCGAAACGUCUGCUACGACCAGGCCUUCCCCAUCUCCCUCAUCAGGUACUGGGUGCUGCAGGUCAUCUUCGUGUCCUCGCCCUCCCUGGUGUACAUGGGCCACGCCAUCUACCAGCUCCGGGCCCUGGAGAAGGAGCGCCACUGCAAGAAGGUGGCUCUGCGCCGGGAGCUGGAGGCGGUGGACGUGGACCUGGCCGAGGCGCGGAGGAGGAUCGAGAAGGAGAUGAGGCAGCUGGAGCAGGGGAAGCUCAACAAGGCGCCGCUCCGAGGCUCCCUGCUGUGCACCUACGUGGCGCACAUCGUCACCCGCUCUGUGGUGGAGGUCAGCUUCAUGACGGGUCAGUACAUCCUGUACGGACACCGGCUGAGCCCGCUCUACAAGUGUGAGAGGGAGCCGUGUCCUAACGUGGUGGACUGCUUCGUGUCCAGGCCCACGGAGAAGUCCGUGUUCAUGAUGUUCAUGCAAGGCAUCGCCUGCAUCUCCCUCUUCCUCAGCCUCCUGGAGAUCAUGCACCUGGGCUACAAGAAGCUCAAGAAGGGCAUCCUGGACUACUACCCGCACCUGAAGGACGACCUGGAUGAGUACUACGUCAACAAGUCCAAGAAGAACUCCGUCGUUCAUCAGGUUUGCACGGGAACCUCGGUGGGACGCAAGACCACCAUCCCCACAGCACCCAGUGGAUACAUGCUGCUGUUGGAGAAGCAGGGCAACGGACCCAACUACCCUCUGCUCAAUGCCUCCUCGGCCUUCAUCCCAAUACAAGGAGACCCCGGUGCAAAGCCAGACGGCCACAAGGACGGCAAGGAGGGCGUGCCGAGCCCCACGGAGCAGAACAGCAACUCCAACAACACCAGCAGCGAGACGCGUUCACCUCCCGCGGACAAACAGGAGGAACCGGAGGAACGCUCUCCACAUCACGAGGACCUGGAGUGUGCUCGCUCCGAGUAUCCCACCCUCCCUGUGGCAGACGCCUCCUCCUGCCCGACACUGUCAGGGAUCGCGAGGAAGACUCGGAGGGUCAGUCCGCCCUGGAACUGCUCCACGGUGGUGGAGGGGAACGGCUCGGACAGCGGCGACUCCUACCACGGCAACGGCAGCAGCAUGAAGCUGCGCGGCAGCCACGUGGGCCCCAGGGCCAGGAUGCUCUCCAAGGCAGACAUUAAGAGAGCGAGCAGGUCUCAGAGCCCGGACUCAGCGGGGGAGCUGAGCUCGGUGUCUCGACACAGCCGCGAGAGCAACAGCCCCACGGCCUCGCCCACAAACCGCAGGGUGUCGGUGGCGAGCAGCGCCAGCAGCAGGCGAGCUCCGACCGACCUGCAGAUAUAA